UCUGAAGGCCAACACUGCUGCUGGAAAGAACAUCUUCUACUCACCACUGGGAAUCUCCACCAUCCUGUCCAUGGUGUCUGCAGGAGCUGGAGGUGAAACCCACAGCCAGCUGUUCUCCACCUUGGGCUACAGCGCCUUCAACCAAACCCAGGUCAAUGAAGCGUACAAACAUCUCUUUGAGGUCCAUGGACACAGUCAGGAGAAUCUACAGCUGGAUGUAGGAAAUGCUGCUGCAGUGCACUCUGGCUUCAAUCCUCUGGAGAUGUUCCUGAAUGAUGUCAAGGAGUUUUACUCUGGUGAGAUCUUCAACGUCAGCCAGGAUCUCUCUGACGCUGCAGCUGAGAUCAACAGAUUUAUUGCAAAUAAAACCCAGGACAAGAUCAGAGACAUGGUGAAGGACCUGGAUCCGGCUAUGGUCAUGGUGCUGAUCAACUACGUCUACUUUAAAGGACUGUGGGAGAACCCGUUCCAAAGUUAUGAUACACAUAAGGCUGAAUUUCAUGUGGACAAGACCACCAAAGUUCAGGUGGAUAUGAUGACAAGGAGAGGGAACUACGAGGUCUACUGGGACAGAGCAAACCACGCCACCGUCAUCAGUCUGCCUUACAAGGGCGACGCCUCCAUGAUGAUCGUCCUGCCUGAUGAAGACAAGAUGGAGGAGGUGGAGGGCUACAUCAACAAGGACCACAUUAGAGACUGGGGGGACUCAGCCUCAAUGGAAGAUAUAAUAUUGUUCUUGCCAAAGUUUUCCAUCUCUUCUGAUGCUUCCCUGGAGAGCACUCUGAAAGAAAUGGGCAUCAUCAAUGCAUUUGAGAAGAGCGCUGAUUUCUCCGGUAUAUCUGAAGAGUUCAAGCUCAAAAUCUCAAAGGCAUCACACAAGGCUGUGCUCAGUGUCACUGAGAUUGGAACAGAAGCAACAGCUGUCAGCACCUCGGAGGUCGAAUUGUAUUCGUUGCCUCCUAUCAUCAGAAUCAACAGACCUUUCUUGGUUUUCAUCAUAGAGAACUCCAGUGGGAGCAUCCUCUUCAUGGGCAAGAUCAACAACCCAACAGCUGAAUGAAGAAUCCAAGAUAAUCAGUCCUACAUCUCAUCACUGGAGAAUAGUUUAUUGUAAAAUCAGGACUCAUCUGUAAACACUAGGGGUGGGACUCACUUGUUAGCUUCCAACCUGAAUA